GCAUCCCCACGCCCACACGACUUGACCACAUUGCAUAGCGGGCAUGCAUUGACCUGCAGCUCCAAUAAAGCGAUGUCUACAAUGCCCGAGUCUGCGCCAAUUUCAAAAUCAGCUAGCAGGAGGACUGAAACACCAGAAGUCAACGCCGGAGACAGGCCGCAAAUUCCUGCCCCUCUUCCACACCACCAUGGACCUGGCAUCGCGGACUCAACUCCAGCAGCCAUCCUCCCACCCACAUUAACACCAGCAACAACCACGAGGCAGUCGGUCUCGCUAGGGGCGCUCUCGACGCUCUGGAGAGGGAGCAACACCCCCACGACUGGCCCUCACACUAGCAGCAACCGCAACCCGCAGCCCGACACACCCAUCCCGUCCAUCAUCACCCACGCGCCCUUCCCUGACAUACAAGUCCCUCCUGAGCUUGCGACAAGUACAGGCUCGUUGCCGAGUACGACAACGACGCUGACGAACACGCUCCCGCCCACACAUUCCGCCGCCCUGCGCGCCCUCAAUGCGCCCGCAUUCCAGUCCGCCGCCUCGUCGAACGCCAAAAACAAGUCUGCAAAGUCGACUUCGAGUCGGACGACGCUGUCGAGCCAGCCGGUUGUUGUGCGAACAUACUCAGGUUCCCGCCACAGCUCGAGGCCGUCAUCUGCAUUGACUUCACCUCGCUUGUUCCCCAGCAUGACCGGCCAUGCGUCGCAGACUCCCUCCGCCUUGUCGGCAGGGCUGGCUGGUAGGAGUGAGGGCUUGCCAUCGGUAGACGACUUCUCCUUCUCGGCCAUUCUCCGAGCAGUUGACCCGGAGAUUCGAGACGCAAUUGAUGCCAUUGCAGAGAUCUGCGCCAGGAGCAGACUAAGUCUGGCAGACGAGUACGAUGCACACCUUCCUCCACAAGGAGAGAUCACCGGGGCAGGGCCUGGCUGGCCCUCGGGCAUGGGGACUCUUGUAGGGAGGGGUCGGAUAUCCAGAGUUGGCCAAGGGUGGUCGGCAGGGGAGAACACGCUGACGGCUGUCCCCGAGGCCAGCAGCUCUAGUGAGAGGCUGGCCGGGGAAAGUCGAGGGAGUGUGGCAGGUAGCGGCGGAAAGACGAAGAGGAGUCGGUCAGCAUAUGGAAGUCUCAAAAGCGUCAUUAGCGGUGGAAGUGGAAAGAGGAAGGCUGAUGCUUCUCAAGAAGAAGAGGAGAAACCGCAUAUCCCACACUGGGCUGUCCAUGCGUCCUCUUCAGCAUCAGCCCGCCCUUCUAUCACCCUCAUCGCCGCUCCUCAAGCAUCAAAGCAACUCUCCCUCGACAUCUCGUCUACCAUUACAGAAGUUCUGCCUGAGGAUGAUCCCGAAGCACCCGCUGAGCUUGCAGAUCCUAAACCAGGGCCAUUACACCGCCGACAUACUUCCGCCACUAGCAUCCCUCACCCACGUACACGGUCAACUACGUUGUCGUCAAUAGCAUCAUGGAUACCUUGGCACCGUGCUCCAGACCUGGAAUCUGGUGAUUCUUCAUCAGAAUUGACAAGAGCCGAAGCGAGACUGAGAGAGAUGCUCAUGUCGGCUCAAAAUCCGGGCAUGGGGAAAGGGAAAGCCCCAGUCAACAUGGCCUAAACUUUCUCCGAAGGGUUUCUAACAUAUAUUGCGUACAUUUUGGUGGAUUGCAAUCUAGUUACAACUAUACCCGACGUAAAAGAAGGAGGCGUACCAAUUUUUUUUUUUGGAAAUGGCUGAUGGUGCGGUAUCACUGCGAGCAACGGAAACGAACGGGACGGGAUUUGGUGUCAUGUUUCGGACUACAAAUGGGUUGAACAUGGAUGGAUGAGUCACGACUCACGUUUCACGCAUAACGACACAUGGAUGAUGUAUACUAGUAACGAACCGAAAUGAGGGACUGGAGGGGAUUUACAUCAAUUCUCCUUUGCGUAUUAAGGCAACUUGGGAACAGAAGGGGCGAGAAUCAGAGGACAAUUUGGUUUGCACUAAGAUAUCACGAUUCAUGACUUACGUAGGCUUCACGCAUAACGACGCUUGGAUGAUAGAAACUAGUAACGAAUUGAAAC